AUGGCAGAGCAAGAUGAAGACUAUUACUUGCCGCUCCGAGAUCAGCGUGUCUUCGGCGCCGGCAUCAGACGCAAAAAGAUCGAUUUCGUUCCCGCUUCAAAGUCGGAUUCACAAAUUACCCCUUCGCAAUCGUCGAAUUCGACAAGCGCAGGGUCUCGGUACCUCUCCAUUGUUUUAGCACAGAGCAGCCAAAUCCCCGAUGGCGGCACUCGUCGAGCUGCAGGCCAAGACUCAAGAGCGGACCAGACUCAAGGCAUAUGCGCAGUCUGCCAUCAACCCAUCCCGUCGACCGACAAACCAUCCACAAGCCAUGAGUCCUCAAUCGCGCAUCAAGUCUGCCUGAAACAUUCCCAUCCGCCCUCCAGCCUUGAUCGCGAACGUGUUGGUCUGAGAUAUUUGUCAACUUAUGGCUGGGAUCCUGACUCUCGGCGAGGGUUAGGUGCAAGACAAGAGGGAAUCAGAGUGCCUAUAAAGGCGAAGGCGAAAAAUGAUACAGUAGGUCUGCGAGAGACAGUCGACGAGGACACAAAGAAGUUGGCCAAGAAGAAGAUGAAAGUACAGAAAGAGGACAAGAUUGUGAAAUUGAGCGCGAAACAAGUCCGCAUCAAAGACGACGAAGCAAAGAAGCGGGCUGAGAAGUUGAGACAGAUGUUUUAUGGCCCGGACUUGGAGAAAUACCUGGGCCCUAACAAUUGA